UUCUUGUGUGCGGCCGCGUUCUACAAGUAUUAUAAGCAAAAUCCAGAGAGGAGGGUAUGUAUCUAGUUUACGUCUCUGCUGCAGGCGAGCCGGUAAAAAUGCCGCCAGAGAUAGAGGGAGUAGUUGCCAAGUACCCUGAUCUAUUUGAGGAGCCUACAGGGGUUGUUGAGAGGGAGGUCGUCCAUGCUAUAGAGAUUAUCCCAGGGUCUAGUAUUCCAAAGGGUAGGAUCUAUCGGAUGUCUCUAGGCGAGCUUGAUGAGCUUCGCCGCCAACUCAAGGAACUCGUAGAAAAGGGUUGGAUCCGACCGAGUGUCUCUCCUUAUGGGUCUCCAGUUCUAUUUGUACCUAAGAAGAAGGAGGGCACUCUCAGGAUGUGCAUUGACUAUAGGGGCCUCAAUGCCAUCGCUGUGAAGAACAGAGAGCCCCUAACGCGCAUCGACGAUCUGCUAGAUAGAGUGCAAGGGUGCUGGUACUUCAGCAAGAUAGAUCUGAAGUCCAGGUACCAUCAGAUUGCAAUCCGGCCCGAGGAUCAACACAAAACCGCUUUUCAGACCAGGUACGACCUGUACGGGUUUGUGGUGAUGCCUUUUGGCCUCUGCAAUGCUCCUGGCACCUUUCAGCACGCUAUGAAUCGGAUAUUCCAUGACUACUUGGAUAAGUUUGUCAUCGUGUACCUCGAUGACAUACUUAUUUUUAGUAAGACUGUCGAGGAACAUGUUGCACACUUGGACAAAGUCCUCGAUCUCCUGCGACAGCACAAGUUCAAGAUCAACGGUGAGAAGUGCGAGUUUGGCCGCACCCGUGUCUUGUACUUGGGGCAUGAGAUCUCCGCGGAAGGGUUGAAGCCCGAUGACGCGAAGGUCGCCAGCAUUCGUGAUUGGCCACGUCCUCAGUCCGUGACUGAGAUGAGAUCUUUCUUAGGGAUGACAGGCUACUACAGAACUUUUGUAAAGAACUAUAGCAUAGUGGCCGCCCCUUUGACUGAUCUAACCCGCCUUGACACCCCGUGGAAGUGGACAGAUGAGUGCGAAGCUGCUUUCAGACAUCUAAAGCAUGCAUUGACGCACUAUGAGGUCUUGAAACUUCCUGAUCCUGAUAAGUUGUUCAUAGUCACCACGGAUGCCAGCCAAUAUGGUAUUGGCGCCGUGCUCGCGCAACAGGAGGGGCCAAAGUUGAGGCUAGUAGAGUACAUGUCCAAGAAAAUGUCGUCUCAGAAGUUGGCUAAGUCCACUUAUGAGAAGGAACUCUAUGUGGUGUACAAGGCUCUCACCCAUUGGAGACACUAUCUCCUUGGGCGGUUCUUCAUCCUUAGGACUGAUCAUCAGACCCUGAGAUGGAUGAGAACCCAACCGGUACUCUCUGACGCUCUCAAGCGUUGGAUCGAAGUCAUUGAACAAUAUGACUUUGACCCUCAGUAUCUCAAAGGGGAGUACAACAAGGUUGCUGAUGCCUUGUCGCGCAGACCAGACUUCUCGGGUGCGCUGAUUACUGAGUUCGAUCUGACGGAUGAUGUUACUCAGUCUUUGGUGGAAGCCUAUCGCGAGGACCAGUUUAUGUCCGAGAUUAUACGCAGACUUGAGGCGAAGGAUAAGAAGACCUCCGCUGAGUUUGAGUUGAUCAAUGGGUUGCUGUUUCUCGAGAAGGAAGGGAAUAAACGUCUAUGUGACAAGCCCCGUACUCAGGCUCCUCUUGGGCUGCUCAAGCCCCUUCCGAUUCCGGAACGGCCGGGUGAAAGUUUGUCCAUGGACUUCAUGGAUACGCUGGUCACCAGCAAGAGUGGGAUGAGACAGAACUUCGUCAUCGUGGAUAGGUUUAGUAAGUUUGCUAGGUUAGUAGCAAUGCCUGAGACAGCAAAGACUGAGUACGUGAUUAAGCUGUUCAAAGAGAACUGGGUAAGAGAUUUCGGAUUACCCAAGUCUAUUGUAAGCGACCGGGAUGUCCGGUUUACAAGCGAGUUAUGGAAGGCCGCUGCAGCUGAACAAGGAACUCAACUGCAGACGACUUCUGGGAAUCAUCCCGAAGCCAACGGCCAGGCCGAACAGAUGAACCGCGUUGUGCAACACCUGUUGAGGCAUUUUAUCAAGCCCAACCAGGUGGACUGGGACGAAAAGCUUGCACUUGUCGUCAGUCUGUAUAAUAACGCUGUACACAGCGCUACAGGGGUCGCUGAAGCCAAGUCCAGCUAUGGCGCCCAGGUACGUGCUCGGACGCUGCAGGAUGGGAAAAAGUUGAGACCGAUUGAGUAUACGAGCAAAAAGAUGCCAUCAAAGAAACUGGCAAAGUCCACCUAUGAAAGGGAACUCUAUGCUCUCUACAAAGCCCUUGUCCAUUGGAGGCACUUUCUGUUGGGACGGUUUUUCUACUUGAGAACUGACCAUCAGACCCUCAAAUGGAUCAAGACUCAACCGGCUCUUUCUGAUGCACUCAAGCGCUGGAUUGAGGUCAUAUAUCAGUAUGACUUCCAGCUAGAGUAUCUGAAGGGAGAAUACAACAAGGUUGCAAAUGCGCUGUCACGUAGAGCAGACUACCUAGGGGCGCUAGUUUCUGAGUUUGGUGUAUCUGAGGAACUAACUCAAUCGUUGGUGGGAGCCUAUCAGGAAAACCCUGUCACGAUAAAUAUCAUACGCAAACUUCAGGCAAAAGACAAGGCCACAGAAGAUGAGUUUGUGAUGGUGGACGGGCUUCUCUUUCUUGAUAAGGCCGAAUUUAAAAGGUUAGUUGUCCCAUCUAGUGAACGUUUGCAUAGUUUAUUCUUAGGAGAAUGUCAUGACGCAACCGGACACUUUGGCUACAAAAAGACGAGUGCCAAUCUAGUACAACGAUUUUGGUGGCCCGGAAUGAUAGAAGAUGCAAAGAAGUAUGUGGAGACCUGUCAGGUCUGUCAGCGGGAUAAGCCGCGAACUCAAGCACCGCUUGGGUUGCUGAAGCCCUUACCUAUCCCUGCUGGUCCGGGACAGAGUGUUUCUAUGGACUUCAUGGACACCCUGGUGACCAGUAGGAGUGGCAAGAGGCACAUCUUUGUCAUCAUAGACCGAUUCACCAAGUACGCUAGACUAAUUGCCAUGCCAGAGACCGCAAGGACUGAACACGUCAUCAAGUUGUUUAUGGACAACUGGGUGCGUGAUUUUGGACUACCUAAGUCAAUCGUUAGUGACAGAGAUGUCCGAUUCACAAGUGAGUUGUGGAAGAAGACUGCUGAGCAGAUGGGCAGUCAACUUCAGAUGACUUCAGGGAAUCAUCCCGAAGCCAACGAACAAGCCGAGCAGAUGAACACAGUUGUACAACACCUACUGAGGCAUUACAUCAAGCCCAUCCUGGAUGACUGGGAUGAGAAGUUGCCUCUCAUCGCCAGCCUGUACAACAACGCUGUACACAGCAGUACCGACGUUAGUCCUAAUCAGCUACACUUGGGAUGGAAGCCUAGAUCAGCUAUGGACUUCCUCCUACCUGAAAAUCGACCUUCUGCAACUCCAGGCACACUUGAGUAUGGUGUGCAGUAUGAAAAGUUGCUACAGAAGCUGUCGAGCACAUCAGGAAAGCUCAGCAAGCAAUGAUUGCUUCUGAGAACAAACAUCGUCGAUAGUC